AUGCGUGUGCACCCGCGCCCCACGCCGUGGCCAUCUCUGGGGUCCCAGCCCCUCUGUCCCCUACCACCAGCCACGCGCUCCGCCCCAAGCACCACGCCCUCUCUCUUGGGCGCGCGGCCCUUCUCGGCUUCCCUUUGCGCGCGAGCUCUUCCCUCUCGGUCCCAGUCAAACCUAGCACGCGCGCAUUCUCCCCGGGCUGGAAAAAGCCCAGGUCCCUUCACAGAUGUUGUCACCACCAACCUGAAACUUGGCAACCCUUCUGACCGAAAUGUAUGUUUUAAAGUGAAGACUACUGCACCCCGCCGGUACUGUGUGAGACCCAAUAGUGGAAUUAUUGAUGCAGGAACAUCAAUCAAUGUAUCUGUGAUGCUACAGCCUUUUGAUUAUGAUCCUAAUGAGAAAAGUAAACACAAGUUUAUGGUUCAAUCUAUGUUUGCUCCUACUGACACCUCAGAUAUGGAAGCAGUAUGGAAGGAGGCAAAACCAGAAGAUCUUAUGGAUUCAAAACUUAGAUGUGUGUUUGAAUUGCCAGCAGAGAAUGAUAAACCGCAUGAUGUAGAAAUAAAUAAAAUUAUGUCCACAACGGCAACCAAGACAGAAUCUUCUGUUAUGUCUAAAUCUAUAAGUUCUUCUUUGGAUGAUACUGAAGCUAAGAAAGUAAUGGAAGAAUGUAAAAGGCUGCAAGUAGAAGUUCAGAGGUUACAGGAGGAAAACAAACAAUUUAAGGAAGAAGAUGGGCUACGGAUGAGGAAGACACUGCAGAGUAACAGCCCGGCUUCCACCUCAGCCACCGUUGUGAAGGAAGACGGGCUUAGUACCCGACUUCUGGCUCUGGUCGUUUUGUUCUUCAUCGUUGGUGUAAUUAUAGGGAAAAUCGCCUUAUAGAGGCAGCAUGCAAAGGCUGGUAAAUCGGAUUGAUGGAUCUGCCAUAUCAUGGGAUUUAAACUUAUUCAUAACAAAGAAAUUAAUGUAUGACAUCUCACAGGUCUUGCCUUUAAAUUACCCCUCCCUCCCCCUGCACAAAUAGAACAUAACAUAAUCUAGAAAGUUUGAAAUGUACAGUGAGUAAUCGGGGCAAAAACCAAAUGCAAAAAGAAUGAUCUUUACUAAAUGAAAAGGAAAAUCAUAGUUAAUACCCAGAUGAUAAGUUGUAAAUGCAAUUUUAAACAUUUUUAGACCUUGGUACAUGUUGCUGGAUUACCUCUUUUAAAAUGAGAAACUGGUUCCUUAACUGCUAGAGCUCCCCCCUUCUGAUAGUGGGAACCAGAGCUAAGCAGGAAGGGGCAGGAAUCUCUGUAAAAUGUAUUAAUCCACCAUACAUACUGCUCAUAAACUUAAGAGUUUGUCCAUGUCUUCAGUUCUGUGCAAGUUACCAAUUAUUUUUUGGGAACUUAAGUGAAUCGAGUCAGAAGCUGAAAAGAAUUAAGUGACAGCCUUGAAUGUGCUAGUCACCAAUAUGAGGCAUAUAUCAAUUAAUGGUACACAACAUUUUAGGAGAAAGGUCGUUGCCUUGUUCUCUUAAAGGGACCAAGCUAAACUGCUGUUGGUUCAUUUAGUUGAAUUAAACUGUUACUCAGAGAUGUUUAAUGCCUAUUUAACUUAUUUAAUGUAUUUCAUCUCAUGUUUCCUUAUUGUUACAAGGUUAUGACUAAUGCUAUGGCAUAGAAAUCACUGCUCUAAGGCUGGUGGGUUGACCUGUCAUUGCUGCUGGAGAGAGCUGUGGGAUCCUUCUGUCUCCUACUGUUUUUUGGGGGGGGGGGGCCACUACAUAAAUGGACUCUUGAUUUAUUUGAACAUUGGAAAACAACGGUCAGGAAAUGUUUUUCUGUGUAAAUAAAUAACAUCUAUCUUGGGGAAGGGAGGGAAAUUAUACCAGUAGUAAUAAUAGUCAACUCUUGAUUACCCUGCUGAUGGAGGGGGGUAGCCAUAGUGCAGAUAACCUUUAAAAAAAUGUCAUUUUAAUGUCACUCUUGAAUUUAUCCUAUUUCACCUUUCCUCACUGUGCUUGGCUUCAGUCCCUCACUCUCUCUCCCCCCCCCCACCCCCAGUUUGGCCCGUAAUUGGAGUAGCAGCAUGGAAAGUUAUCCCAGUAGUAUGGAGGGGACAGUAUUCUAGAAGUAGCUAGGGGAGAUAGUCCUGGAGCCAACUGGGAAGCAGGAGAGAGAAGACCCACCCCAAAUGAGGGUCUGGUAAUCAGGGGAAACCUUCCCCCACAAAGCAGAUAAUUGAGAGUUGACUGUAAAUUAGUUCUAUGCCGUAAAUGACCAAUCCUGUUGAACUAUGUAGCAUCUUUAAAAGAAAAAAAAAUUAAAUAAAGCCCCAAAAUGAAGAUUUCUUUUGUUAUUUUGUCACAUAUAUGCAAGAGAAAAGCUAAUUAAAAAUGACAGGCACUAUCUGUUUGUGUUUCAUAAUGCUUCUAAUUUAGCAAUGUCUUUUUAGAUCCUUUUGGUCUUGACUGAAAGGCCUACGUAUGAAACUGCUAAAAUUUUAAGUGGCCAAUUGCUUGUUAAAGAUGGGAAUCUUUAAGGGCUGUUGCCCCUAUUCAGAUCUAGAAUUUUUUCAAUUACUGUAUUUCCAGAGAAGGAAACCUUAGAUCUUAAGUGAAACAGCUGAAAUAACUAAGAAGUGAAAUUAGGCUCUGUUAACUGAUCAUGGACUGGACUGUGUGUGAAUUUAGCUGUUAGGAAAGAAGAUGAGAAGAGUAAAGAUGGACUCGUUCAACUAAGAAACUUAAAUGACCCAAGUAUUUUAGGUGCUUCCCAGAACAGGAUCUUCCUUGAAGGCAGGGUACCAGUUCAGCAAGCCACUCCAAACUAGGGUCCCCAUAAGCUCCCUCAUUGUGCACCAAGAGCCCCUGUGGUGAACAGAGCUGUAAACUUGAACGUGUCAACCUACAGGUCUCUUUGUUUAAUCUGGCCUUCAGCUGUUGGCUAUUGAAGGAAGAAUCAAGUACUAAAAUACAGGGUGUCUCAAAGCCUUAGUGAAGUUUUAGGUUUAAAUAGAUUAAUGAAGUUUCAAGUUGAAAUACCUUAAAACUUCACUAAAACUUUUGGGACACCCUGUAAUGAUGUGAAUGCCCAAAGCAUCUGUGAAUUGGAUUAAACAAAGUAAAACAUAUCCAUAAUAGUUGUUAAAAUUUGUGUGUGUGUGUGUGUGUGUAUGUGUUUUCACAACUUCUAGGUAGGGCCUCAUACAACUAAGACAAGAAUAUAUUUCUUGAGUUGGGAUUUUAAGAUUCUCUUGGCCCUUUGUCAUACCCCCUUUUUUCUGCCUAAACUUUAAGAAAGGCAGUACUAUCCCAAUAAACUUAUAAGGAAGAUGGUGAAUGAGGUUUUAUUUGGGGGGAAUAGGUGGUAAAAGUCACUGAGUUCCAGAGUUUCUAAAAUUCCAACCUAUCUAUGGAGAAUUUGCCCCCAUUUUGUAGCAGACUGUGUUUUAAUUAAAAUUUAAAUACAAAAAUGUCAAUUCCUUCUCCUGUCAGCCUAUGAACACUUUUCUCUUAUUUGUUGGCUAGGGUUCUAUUCUGUGAUUGUAUUUGUGAGUUGAGGGAGAAGUUGGUUUUCUAUCAUUUAUUAUCAUACAGAGUAUAAAAUUCAGGGCCUUAGGGCAGCCAAAGACCAUGCCAGAGAAAGGCAUAAUAAGCAUCCACGAGCAUCAGUGUUUGUGGUAUCUUAUCAGCCCUUAUGGGUGUGGGAAAGGAGAGAGGUGAUUUUGACAAGGGCUAGUUCCAAACAGUGAAGGGAGAAGUGAAGACAUUAAAAUAAAGCUAGGAGUGGAAGAGAAGGACCAGUGAGCCAGGAUAACCCCCAGUGAGUGUGAUGAUUUAGAAAUGAGGAGGUAAGAGAUGGGAGGGAUAGGAUUAUCUUCUGCUCUUAAAUUACAAACCACUACUCAGGUCUCUGCCCUUGCCCUCUAAAUCCAGCCCCCAGUGAAGGCCAUCUCAAUAAAGAGCAUGCAGGAAACCAUAAGCAGUCAUCAGGUUUCAUAAAAUUUUAUCAAGCAUAUUUUUAAAUUGAGAAUUUAAGCU